AUGAAGAUAAUCAAAGUGUGUGGGAUAAAAUCCUUAGAAGAUGCACAAGUUGCUGUAUUAAAUGGAGCCACUCAUAUCGGUAUUAUAUGUGUACCAAAUAGAAAAAGAACCAUUUCGUCAGACGAAGCGAUAAAAAUCUCUGACUGGAUUCAUUUACAAGCUAACAAUAAUAAUGUUAAACUGGUUGGUGUAUUUCAAAAUCAGCCAAUAAAAGAUGUUAAAGAGCUAUCUGUUAAAUAUAACUUAGAUAUAAUCCAGUUACAUGGCGAAGAAGACUGGUUAGAAUAUUCUGAUUCAAUAAAGAAACCACUUAUAAAAAGAUGUGUCUUCCCACAAGAUUGUGAAAAAGUCUUAACUAUUACUAGGUCAGAAAAUUCCCAAAAAAUUUUACCACUCUUUGAUUCUGCUAUAGGUGGUACUGGUGAACUUUUAGACUGGGAUGAAAUCAAUAAAUGGGCUAAGAAACAGGAUCCAAACGAAGUAUCCUUUAUAUUAGCAGGCGGAUUAACCCCUGAAAAUGUUAGUAGUGCGUUUAAGCUUUAUGGUGUUAUUGGUGUAGAUGUGUCUGGUGGUGUUGAAACUGAUGGAAUCAAAGAUCAUUCUAAAAUAAAACAAUUUAUCAAAAAUGCCAUUUUAUCAUAA